CCGGCAAUACCAGUAGUGGCAGCACUGGGCAGCACGUUUCGCUCUUUCUUGUUCAUGGCGUGUGGCACUGUUUAAGUCUCGUCGCGAUGAAGCUGAACGUAUCAUAUCCUGCGACAGGAUGUCAAAAGCUAUUCGAAAUUUCGGACGAGCACAAGCUCAGAAUUUUCUACGAAAAGCGCAUGGGUGCUGAGGUAGAAGCUGAUGCACUGGGAGAUGAAUGGAAGGGCUAUGUGGUCCGCGUCUCUGGUGGAAAUGACAAGCAAGGGUUCCCCAUGAAACAGGGUGUUCUGACAAACGGCCGUGUUCGUUUAUUGCUGUCAAAGGGACAUUCCUGCUACAGACCUAGACGUGAUGGAGAACGCAAGCGUAAAUCCGUUCGCGGUUGCAUUGUAGACUCUAAUUUAUCUGUAUUAGCCCUCGUCAUAGUGAAGAAGGGAAAAUCGGAAAUUCCAGGAUUGACAGAUAUGAAUGUACCACGUCGCCUGGGACCAAAAAGAGCGAGCAAAAUUCGUAAGCUCUUCAAUCUUUCAAAGAAGGAUGAUGUCCGGCAGUUUGUAGUGAAACGACCAGUCCAAAAGGAAGGAAAGAAGGAACGUUUGAAGGCGCCGAAAAUUCAACGUCUGAUCACCCCGAUCGUUCUGCAGAGGAAGAGACAUAGAUUGGCACUGAAGAAGAAGCGUUGCUUGUCUCGCAAGGAGCAAGCAGCAGAGUAUGCGAAACUGCUGGCACAAAGGCAAAAGGAGGCAAAGAAUAGACGCCAAGAGGAACUCAAACGUAGACGCAGUGCUUCUAUGCGCGAUUCCAAAUCGUCGAGCCAGUCAGCACCCACCCAGCAGUAAAAGAAUUGAACUCUGAAAUGUUGAGAACACUGAAUUUACAAAUUAAUAAAAACAGUCUUAACUA